AUCUAUAACACGCUCUUAUUACCGCAAUUCAGUGGGUGGCCUCUUAGUGUUCGACAUCACAAAUCGACGAUCUUUUGAGCACGUGAAAGACUGGCUGGAAGAAGCAAAAAUGCACGUGCAGCCCUUUCAGAUUGUGUUCCUGUUGGUAGGACAUAAAUGUGACUUAGUGUCACAGCGUGAGGUUACGAGAGAAGAAGCUGAAAAACUGUCAUCUGACUGUGGUAUGAAAUAUAUAGAAACUUCAGCAAAAGAUGCCACGAAUGUUGAGGAGUCCUUUACAAUUCUUACCCGAGACAUCUAUGAACUUGUAAAAAAAGGAGAAAUCUCAAUACAAGAUGGAUGGGAAGGUGUCAAGAGCGGCUUCGUUCCAAAUGUUGUACAUUCGUCAGAAGAAGCUGUAAAGCCCAGAAGACAGUGCAUCUGCUGAAUUCGUAGCAUGCCAAAGAGCACGUCAGGUGUUCAGAAGAUGAUGCCAACCUAAAUAACAGAAUAACAAUUUUGAAACAAUAUUAGAUCAUGACAUAGCUGAAUCAUAGAACAGUAAUUUGGUUUUUUUUAUCCUUCUGAGUAGGUCAUAAUUUCAUAAAACUUUAAGUGCUUGCUUUCUUUGCAGAGUACAAUAACUUCAUGUGGUCUUCAGGAAAAGAAAUUAUAUCUUACUAAAGGAAAAACUAAUCCUAUAGCAAGACACUGAGAAGUGCAAUAAUCGUCAUGACAACAUCCUCUCCUGGGCUUUGUAUUUUGAAUACUGUUUAAAAUCAAGGCUUGCUAGGUGAGGGUCAGAUGAGCUCAUUACUUUUGUUCAUCCUGCCUUAGUUUUGAACAAGAAAAUAUUGUACCUUAUACUUUUUUAAUGUGAUUCUUUACUCAAGUGCAGGGUUGCUAAUGACCAUUAAAGUUUAGAAUGCUGUAGAAUUUCAUAAUAAAGAUAACUCUAAAGAAAGCAA